AUGGCAUCUACUUUCGAUGCGUAUGGUUUAGCUAAGCAGCUCAAGUCAGUUUUUGGGAUUUCCCUCGACAAUUCGGUGGUAUCUGACGACGUCGUCCUUGUGAUUGCAACCACGUCUCUGGCACUGGCAGUUGGAUUCGCGGUGUUGCUAUGGAGGAAAUCUGCAUCGGAUCGGAGCGGGGAGGUGAAGCCUUUUAUGGUUCCCAAGUCUCUUAUGUCUAAGGAUGAGGACGAUGAUUUGGAUUUGGGAUCCGGGAAGACCAAAGUCUCUAUCUUCUUCGGUACGCAGACUGGAACCGCCGAAGGAUUUGCUAAGGCAAUAGCAGAAGAAAUCAAAGCGAGAUAUGAAAAAGCCUCAGUCAAAGUCAUUGACCUGGAUGACUAUGCUGCUGAUGACGACGAAUAUGAAAAGAAAUUCAAGAAGGAAACUUUGGCAUUCUUUGCUGUUGCUACUUAUGGAGAUGGAGAGCCUACUGACAAUGCUGCUAGAUUUUACAAAUGGUUUACAGAGAGGUUUGUCGCCUCAAUACUCCGUGUUUCAUGUUUUCAGGAAAUUGAACAGGAUAUAAGGCUUCAGAACCUAUCGUAUGGUGUGUUUUCUCUUGGUAAUCGCCAGUAUGAACAUUUUAAUAAGAUCGGGAUUGUUCUUGAUGAAGAGCUCUGUAAGAAAGGUGCAAAGAGGCUUAUUGAAGUUGGUCUAGGAGAUGAUGAUCAGAGCAUUGAGGAUGAUUUUAAUGCCUGGAAAGAAUCGCUAUGGCCUGAGCUAGACAAACUCCUCAGAGACGAGGAUGAUACAACUGUGGUAACUCCUUAUACAGCUGUGAUUCCUGAAUACCGGCUGGUGAUUCAUGAUCCUACUUUUACAUCUGAGAAAUCAGUGGACUCGAAUGUUGCCAACGGAGAUGCGGCUAUUGACGUUCAUCAUCCCUGCAGAGCUGAUGUUGCUGUGCAGAAGGAGCUUCACACACCAGAAUCUGAUCGGUCAUGUAUUCAUCUCGAGUUUGACAUAUCUGGCACUGGUAUUACAUAUGAAACAGGAGACCAUGUAGGUGUAUAUGCUGAAAAUCAUGUUGAAAUAGUUGAAGAAGUUGGAAAAUUGCUUGGCCAGUCUCUAGAUUUAGUGUUUUCCAUACAUGCUGAUAAAGAAGAUGGCUCACCAUUGGGAAGCUCAUUACCGCCUCCUUUCCCUGGCCCGUGCACACUUGGUACUGGUUUGGCAAGAUACGCAGACCUUAUGACCCCUCCCCGAAAGUCUGCGUUAGUUGCCUUGGCUGCCUAUGCCACUGAUCCAAGUGAAGCCAAGAAACUGAAACACCUGACAUCACCUGAGGGAAAGGAUGAAUAUUCACAAUGGAUUGUUGCAAGUCAGAGAAGUCUUUUAGAGGUGAUGGCUGCUUUUCCUUCAGCAAAACCCCCACUAGGUGUCUUUUUCGCUGCAAUAGCUCCUCGUCUACAACCUCGUUACUACUCCAUCUCAUCCUCACCAAGAUUGGCGCCAAGUAGAGUUCAUGUGACAUGCGCACUAGUAUACGGUCCAACUCCUACUGGUAGAAUCCACAAGGGGCUGUGUUCGACGUGGAUGAAGAAUGCAGUUCCUUCGGAGAAAAGUAGUGAAUGUAGUGGAGCUCCUAUCUUUAUUCGAGCAUCUAAUUUCAAGUUGCCAUCCAACCCUUCAACUCCAAUCGUCAUGGUGGGACCUGGGACUGGCCUGGCACCUUUUAGAGGAUUUCUCCAGGAAAGAAUGGCACUGAAAGAAGACGGAGUAGAUCUUGGUUCAUCUUUGCUCUUCUUUGGGUGCAGAAACCGACGGAUGGAUUAUAUUUACGAGGACGAACUCAAUAAUUUUGUUGAUCAUGGCGUAAUAUCUGAGCUCGUCGUGGCAUUCUCUCGUGAGGGAGCGCAGAAGGAGUAUGUUCAACAUAAGAUAACAGAGAAGGCAGCACAAGUUUGGAAUCUAAUAAAGGAAGAAGGUUAUCUCUAUGUUUGCGGUGAUGCAAAGGGCAUGGCGAAAGAUGUUCACCGGACUCUACACACCAUUGUUCAGGAGCAGGAAGGCGUAAGUUCGUCGGAGGCAGAGGCUAUAGUAAAGAAACUUCAAAACGAAGGAAGAUAUCUCAGAGAUGUCUGGUGA